AUGGCGGCUCAAGAAGUGAAGCGGCCAUUGAUGAGCUUUGCUCCGUUUCAGAACGAGGGAAACAGGAGAGACAAUGAGUUGGGAGUCUUUUAUCCAAUCGUACUCCGAAGGCUUGCACACAAUCGGUGUUUUUGGCAACAGCCCGGACGAGCCCUCAUUAUUAAGCCGACAAAAGUGCCCAAUAAUGUCGAAUAUCUCACGGCCAUCGUUCAGAGGCUGCAAGAAGCUCUCGUGAGUCGGGUUAAGCGUCUCGAAGCAUAUUAUCCCUUCGAAACAGUCCUCCAAUCCGAGUCGGUUCAAGACUUUCACGGCGUGGACUUUGUCAGCAUUCGUGAAGAUCUGUUUGUUUUACGGGACAAUUGGAAAAAAAAAAAAAAAACGCCGAUUAUUAUCAUUUGGGAUUACAAGUUUUUUGGUCGAGAAACCGACCGGCACAGAGCUCGGAAAUGUACUUACGACUUUUCGAACGGGCAAACUCGGCAAGAGGCUUCGCAAGACCGGGUCCGGUUUCAGAUUUUCAUAAGGCAACCGCCCGUGGACGAAGCUGAAAACAUGCCGAAAUUCGGACAUGUUAGUAAUAUAGUAAUAUAG